GUUUACCAGUCAUUGGCGGCACUAACUGAAAAGUGAAUUGUCAAAUCAUUACUCAGAAAAUAAAAGCAGUUACUCUUGUUAGGUAUACAUAUUUGGUUUGUAGUCCGGAUUAAAUUCUAGAAGCAAUGUCCCGCAAGGAAGCUCUCUCGCAAUUCAUCAAUCAGAUUCACGGACGACCCGUGGUGGUCAAACUGAACAGUGGUGUCGAUUACCGUGGAGUGCUGGCGUGUCUCGAUGGCUACAUGAACAUCGCUUUAGAUCAGACGGAGGAAUACGUGAACGGUCAGCUCAAGAACAAGUACGGAGAUGCUUUUAUUCGUGGCAAUAAUGUUCUAUACAUUUCUACUCAGAAAAGAAGGGUGUAGUAAAAUAAAAUGACAUUCGGUUUCGAUAUGAUUAA